GGACGGGACCUGGCCGUAGAAGCAAAGCGGAAAGAAAAUGGCGGCCGUGGCUGCGGAGCCAGGAGCUGUUGCGGUAUCAACAACAACAGCGGGGGACUGUGGUGAGCUCGAACCGGUGCCAGCUGUGCCGGGGGGCAAACUCGACUCCGAUGCAACGCAGCAGUACGCGCCAGUAAUAGACCUUGUUCACCAACUCAAGGAUGGGGAUGCAGUUCAGGAAUGCAGCCAGGUCCAAAUGGAGCUAGUGAGCAGGCCAGACCAAGAAGCCGCGGGAAAAGUCCUCGCUGCUUGUGCAUUGGAUGAACACAUCGAUACAGGAUGUCUCAUGGUCGGCUUAGAAAAUACCGAUAACCAUUCUCGCGGGGGCUAUGGUUCGAAAUACACAAUGUCGAGGGCAGAACGUUUGAAACAAUUUUUUUCGCCUAAUGUUGAUCCUGCAAACGAGCUCAGUAAGCACGAGCCCUACGCCUGCCAUCAGAAUAGCUCCAUCUCCGAUUCACAGCCAUCGGUGGUCUUUUUGCAUUCGUUCCCUGCGCAUCCUGUGACUACGGAGGCUGGGCUGUCGUUGGCAGAGCCAGCAGAGCCCAUGAUCAAUUACUAUCAAAACACAGAAUCAACCCAACCUACUAUUAUCGAGUGUGGCUAUAGAGCUUUAAUUAAACCGUCCCAUGAGGCUGAACUGGAGCCCGAAUCAGCAGAUGAUGCUCUUUCUGUUACAGAGUACAAGGCCGAGUCUUUGGGAGAUGCCUCUCUUGAACAUCCCCAGUCCAUAGAACACGUCGACUCUCUGCCAGUUCGAGAGACGGAGACACUCAUUGGAAUACCCAUGGAGACUGGAUACAUUUAUGACUUUUCGAGCAUCACAAACCAGAACUCUCCGAGUCCCGAGCUUCCUGUAAUGGCAGUCGGUCAGGUUGACUCCUCGGCAGAACUUGGGGACUCGUGCUCACGACAGCGGAGUUUGGAAACGAACUUCCACGAGAGCGAGACCGUAUUGAAUCCCCCUCACCCCAUUCCCGUUGCUGAUACUGAGGAGGUACAGUCCGAAUCAGUGGACAAUCUGAUACCUGGUUCUGAAGUUCGAGUAUCUCUGGAUCACAUCAUCGACGACGCACUGGUGGUGUCCUUUCGGUUAGGCGAGAAGAUCUUCUCUGGGGUUCUGAUGGACCUCUCUAAAAGGUUUGGACCCUAUGGAAUUCCAAUCACUGUGUUCCCAAAGAGAGAAUACAAGGAUAAACCUGAAUCUAUGCAGCUAAAGACAGAACCAUUCCAGCCAGAGAAGGUGGAAAUGCCAGUCCAGGAAAACCCUGACAGCCAAGUUGUCGCAAUCCCCGAACCAAAACCUGACCCCCAGCCUAAGCCUAACCCAUGGACUUCAAAACCUCCGCCACUGUUUCAGGAGGGAGCCCCUUACCCUCCGCCAUUGUUCAUCAGGGACACCUACAACCAGUCGUUACCUCAGCCGCCCCCCCGCAAGAUCAAGCGGCCCAAGCGCAGGCUGUAUCGCGAGGAGCCCACCUCUAUCAUGAACGCCAUCAAGUUGAGGCCCCGCCAGGUGCUCUGUGACAAGUGCAAGGGGACUGUCAUGACCGUGGACAAGAGGGAGCCACGUAGAGGCCCUGUGUCGGACUCUAGGGGCGAGGACGCCAAGCGGAGACGCAACGACAGUGCAGCUACUGUCAGCAAGCGGCCACGUAAUGACUCUCGCUCUGAGGAGAAGCGCCAUGCUGCUGAGGUGUCCAAACGGCAGGCCUCAGGGAUUCGAGUCUCCUCUUCCUCUUCUCUGGGCCAGGUGAAGGCCGGAGCUGGAGGGAACAGGGUUCUGAGGACAACAGCCACCACAACAACAUCACCGGUCAACAGCAGCUCCAGAGUCCAACUCAAUGCCAAGAAAGUGCUACAGAGCAAAAAUGUUGAUCACUCCAAGGCAAGGGAGGUGCUGAAACUGGCCAAGGCGCAGAAGAGGCAGAGAGAGACUACAGUGGUCACUGGCAGCAGUGGCAACGCCAAGACGAUGACGAGGGCCGCUGCCCUGCAGGAGGCCCACGCCCACCAGAAGGUCCACUUCACCCGGCGGCUGCAGCAGAUCAGCGGGGUGGGACCAAGCAACGCCACCCCUCUGCCACCCAGGAUGCGCAUCAAGCCCCAAAGGUACCGUAAUGAAGAGAAUGACUCUUCUACAUGUAAGCCGCCUUGCCUCGAGAAAGUGCCGGGAAGUGGCCGUUUGUCCCCUCCAAAGCCAGGAGCGCCCCGCUGCACCUCCACGCGCUCCUCCUCCUCCUCCUGCUCCACAGGCGAGGCCACUGCUGCUGAAAACCAGGGUCUAGAUAAAGGGCCAGAACCUGAGCCCAGUCCUCAGACCCAAUCCCAGACCCAAGUGGAACCCCUCACAGCCACGGAGCACAGCGACCCCAAGGUGGAGCCAGAGGAGCAGGGGGGGCGGGAGGAGAGGCGGGAGACGCGCGGCAGCAAGGCUGGCAACCUUGUGGUGUACAUGACCCUUAACCCCAGCCAGCCUGACUCCUCUAAUACCUCCAUGUGCAGCGUUGAUAGUGCAGAUGACUUAAAGUCUUCAAACUCCGAGUGUAGCUCCACCGAGACCUUUGACUUUCCCCCUCCCGGUGAUUUGCACUCGCCCCCCGGCCCCGGCACAUCCUCAGCAGUCACUGACCCCUCGCCAGCACCUACGGAAGAGAAAACCACUCGUAAAUCUCAGAAAGUGUUUUCCAAAAAUGUGUCUAAGUGUGUCUCUCUGGACGGCAGGAGCAUUUGCGUAGGGGACAUCGUUUGGGCCAAAAUAUAUGGUUUUCCUUGGUGGCCAGCCCGCGUCUUAGGCAUCCAGAUCAGCCGCAAAGAUAAUGGGCUCUUAGUCAGGCAGGAGGCCCGUGUCGCCUGGUUCGGUUCACCCACCACCUCCUUCCUGGCACUUGCACAGGUCGCCCCCUUUCUAGAAAGCUUCCAGUCACGCUUCGACAAGAAGAGAAAGGGCUUGUACCGUAAAGCCAUCACAGAGGCAGCCAAGGCUGCCAAGCAGCUCACUCCUGAGGUUCGCGCCUUGCUUACGCAAUUCGAGACGUGAGGUGGUGUGCUUUGGGGAAAAGGAAAGGUAGGCAAACAUGGUCCCCCCCCUCCCCUCCUAGUCACCUACCAUGUCCCUUCACCUUCCUGAGAGAAAGAAACUAAAUAUUUCAGGCCAGACAACCAGGACUCCUCUUUUUUUCUAUGAUCAAAAAGGGACUGAAUGGGUUGGGGUUAUACACAAUACUGCAUAUAUAAAAAUGGCAGUGUUUAUUUUAAUUUAUCAUCCUUCUCAAAUUUCACUUAUUUAUCCAAACUGGUGGAAAUCUGGUCAUUUAAUUUAACAUUUUUUUUUACAGAAUGGUUGGUGAUGGAAAUAUUCACCUUCUCUUGAGGCCUUUAAGUUUCACUCUAUGUGCAAAGAAGCUUAUGUCAUGUUCUAACACCAUGGUUCAUAGGUUUGCUUGAUUGGCUGCCAAUUGUCAAAAUCUUAAGAGACCAAAAGAGUAGUUAUUUCAGUCUAUGCAACGAGCGGUUCAAUUUCAGGUACUGUGAACGGAAAGUUACAGGAUCUGAGCAGCAGUAAAUAUGAUGUAUCUGUGCUGGUUGAAGACAUGUACUGUAGCUGUGAUGUGACGAGGAAGUGGACCCUGGUGGAUUUGAAGAGCGAGCAGUUAUAGGGGCUUAGGUACCUGCUGUAUCUCAGACACAGUCAGAGCUGACUGGCUGUGGGAACUGGCUGCCGGGCCGGUAAGCUCUUGAUCACCGUGUGGCACACUGCCAGCCAGGGCUUUCCAGACAGUUGAGCUGGGCUUGUGAGGAUGUGCCUGUAAGCCAAAGUCACCUCAAGUGCCGGUGAGAGGAGGAUGGUGCCCUGUUUCUAAUCCUCUCUGAAAACAGAGAUGGUUGCAGGGCAGUAGAUACUGUACUGAGAGCGUGCCCGCUCAACCGGGCAGUGGGCACAUCCACCACCCUCAUACCUGUCCAGUCCCCUUGGGCCACCUCACCUCUCCCCCGUUCUCUCUCCUCAUCUGACUCUGUCCUGUCUGUAGUCUCUAUACCUUGUGCUCCUCAGUUAACCAAGACUGUUUUAUUACUCUCUGGUCUUCCUAUCUAGCUCCGUGAUUUUGCAUGCUGUUAUACAUAGAAUGAUGCCCAAUUUGUUUUAAAAUCACUGAUUUGAAUUGUCUGCACAUCGGGACAUUUUAAACAAAGAUGUUUGUUGAUGGAGCGACGGCAUACUAUGAAAAUGAUAGAACCAACUAGCAUUGACAGAGGGAAGCCAUUUUAGUUACUCCUCUCAUAUACAUGUGUGGUAUGGCACGUUACAGGGAUGAACUAUUUUUGCUCUGUUAUUUUCUACAACUUUUACUAUGGGUUUGCCAUGUCUUGUUGACUUGUACUAAGUAGUUCAGUGAUUUCUCAGAGUUCUCAGUGUUCAGCUGUUACUCAACCCUGUUUGAGUUGGAAUGUGUUUGACUUUAUUUGGUGCUCCUGAACUCAACCUUCUUACCACUUCACUGCUUGGCUAAUCUCAUACGACUGCAAAUUCUGAUUUGAUGUAUUAUGUACAGUACAAUCUGUAUCAAAUUAUUUUUAGUGGAUUUUUAUGAUGAAGAAUGGAAAAAAGGCUUUUUUGUUUGGCUGAGGUUGGGGGAGGGUUGUGAGGAAGGGUUACCUCACCAGUUCUGAUCUCUACCAGUUCUGUUCACUUCAGAUUUGACAAUUUAAUUACCAAUGACAAAUUACAUUUCCUAAAGAUGUUUCUUCUUUUACCUGCCUACAUACCUAUCCACUCUGACUAAAUGUUAAGGGACAUACAGUAAGACCCCGUACAGGUAGAGAUCAGAGGCGUAUUGCUCGGUAGAGUACACUGACCUGACCAUUGUUACAAGCAGAGACGAAGUGUAUAAUGACGGGUUGGCUCUGUUUCUUCUAUUUCGGACAUCAUCUGUUUGCAGAUCAGAGAAUGCUGUUGGAAAAAGUAACAGUUGAAGAACACUUGUGUAAAUGUUUUUCUGAUGUUUUUAAAAAGUAUUAUAAAUAAAAUGUCAACUUCAAGAAUCUUACCUAGUUGUCUUCAUUUUAGUGCUCCUAUUUCCAUUAACACCUACAAAUCCAAUGCUAUUUAUAAGGCUUCAGUUUCACCUUGAAACAAGCUGGAAUAAAAACAUUGGUCAUUUGGAAUUUGAGAUAUUUAUAUUAUCCCCCUCGUAUUUUAAGUUGACAAUGACCAUGCCUUUUAAAUUGUGGCUUGUGGUCUUAUAAUAGCUGCCAUUAACUGCAAAUGUUUGUGGGGCUUUUAUGAAAUAGCAGACCUGUAGAAAACUACUUGCCAGUCAAUCCCCUGUUUACCACUUGAGGCUAUUGGUACAUUAACAAUAAUGAGAGGAAAUACAUGAAUGUUGAGAUUUUUGGGGGGAGUAAAAUCAUUCCUUUUAUUGAACAGAUUUUCUUACCUGCAAACAGAUCUAGGACAUUGACAUUAUAUGCUAAUAGAAGCCAUUGUUCAAUGGCUGUCAGUCAGUGUAUCUGAAGCAAUGCAUCUUUGAAUGGCAUUGUAGAAUUUAACAUUUAGGAGGAGUUUGAUGGUUCCGUCCUCUUAAUUGUUUGUAAAUUAAAUAGUACUGAGAAGUAAUAUUUUGGUUUGAAAUACAAAUGAAAAGGCUACUUACCUUCCUAAUAUUUAGUUGCACCCCCGUUUGCCCUAAGAUCAGCCUCAAUCUGUCAGGGAAUGGACUACAAGGUGUUGAAAGCAUUCUAUAGGGAUGCUGGCCCAUGUUGAUGCCAAUGAUUCCCACAGUUGUCAAGUUGGCUGGAUAUCCUUUGGGUGGUAAAACCGUUCUUGAUACACACAGGAAACUGUUGAGUGUGAAAAACCCAGCACUGUUGCAGUUCUUGAUACAUGCAAACCGGUGCGCCGGCAUCUACUAUCGUACCCCAUUCGAAGGCACUUAAAUAUUUUGUCUUUCCUAUUCACCCUCUGAAUGGCACAAAUCCAUCUUUAACCUGUCUCCUCUCCUUUAUGUACAGUGAUUGAAGUGGAUUAAACCGGUAACAUCAAUAAGAGAUAAUUGAGUUCACUUGGUCAGUCUGGCAUGGAAAGGGCAGGUGUUCCUAAUGUUUUGUACACUCAGUGUAUAUAUCCAUGUACGGGAGCAGCAUACACAUAACAUUACGUAAAUCAAGGAGCUGAUCCACAGAGCAGCAGCAUUUCAAGGUUAACUAAAGUUAAAUCUCAAAGACAUUUGAAUAAUCAGUGGAGUAAAUGCACGCCAGACCAGCAAACUGCUGAAAAAGUUAUCACAUCACGAUGACUCGUUUGUGAUGUCUAUCUCGGUUGUACCACUGUCAAUCAGAAACUUGCUAGGCUGAGGCAUCCAUGCAGCAGAACUCAGGUAUAGAUCCCUCAUUGAGAGACACACAGGACCCCUCCCAAAAUGCAUUAGAGGUGCAAUUGAGCCCAAAAAUGGCGCCGUUGCAACAUGAACAAUGCACCGUUAGGUUCAUUCCUGAUUUCACUCAAGAUCACUGGAGGCCCCUCGAAAACUGGAGGCCCCUCGAAUUUUGUGUUGUUGGCUAAUGUGCACUGACCUACAGCCUUUUAUUCAAAGAACAUUUUAGUAUUCGUAGGAGUGCCCUUCCUGUCAUGUACCAUAGCGCUGACGUUUUCAAUGUCUCAGUGCUUUGAUGAAAAAGCCUUUUUAAUGGCAUGCACUAAAACCUAUUGAAUCUGCUUUGUUGAAGCCAAAUACAGAAAGAGCAUGCCCUCUGAUUUGGAUGAAAAGA